ACCGUCUGUAACUCCACCAAUUUGGGGCAACCUGCAAACUGAAUACAGAUGCAAAAUACUUGUUUUGUACCUCCGCUCCAUCAUCUGAUUCAAACCAUUAAUUUCCUCCUUUAUCCUUGUCAAUGGUCAGUGAUGCGAGGUCAGUGGAUCUGACAGUGAGUAUUUGGGAUACAAACUGGAAGAAUGUAAUGGAACAGCUUGACCAGACGUACUGUUGUCUUGCUCCACCUGCUGGUUUACUGAAGACAUUGCACCACUUGGCAUCUUUUACAGUUACAGUCUGAAGCUGAUGUGCACUUAGCUGUUAGCUCACAGCCAGACUGAAAAUAGAUAAAAUCACUGCCAAAAACAAAUACUACGACUUCCAAGGAAAGUGGCAGCUUGAUCUGCUGGAAGAUGCCAGUCAUCAUCUCUGGAUGGUUUCAUGAGAGAGCUAGAUAGGGCUCUUAAAAAUAGCGGAGUCAGGGGAUAUGGAGAGAAGGCAGGAACGGGGUACUGAUUGGGGAUGAUCAGCCAUGAUCACAUCGAAGAGCCAAAUGGCCUACUCCUGCACCUAUUGUUUAUUGUCUAUCAUUCUGCAAAGUGAAGGCAGUGACAUUGAUAAGCUUGAGCGAAACAUUUUUGUACAUUACAACUAUGGUUAAAAUUGGUCGGCAGCCUCCUCUUGGCUGCAAUAAUAGUAAGCUUGCCCCUCUGUAAAAGCGAAGCUGGAGGAGCAGUAAGUGUAUCGAUUGCACAAGGGACUACCAUCAGCUAAUGCCACUGCCAAUAGCUGGCGCAGUUCAGUAAGCUGCGCACCUGUAAAUCCAGCAGGUUGGACAGGUGCCGCAAGGCCACAAAACAUUGUGCAUUGCUUUCAACGAUGCUCAUAUUAAUGGAUAGUCUUUAAAUGCAGUGAAUUGUAAACUCACAUCACAAAAGUCACUACAUCUCAGUGUACGUUAACUACAAAUGCUGGAAAUCUGAAAUAAAAACAAAUUGCUGGAAACCUGUUAGACAAGUAGCAUUUGUCUGAAGAGAAAUGUUAAUGUUUUUAUUAUAAUGGGACGGUUAAACUGGAAUUUGCAUUGAUAAAGUAUCCGCAUUGACUGGCAGAAUGAGAGAAUUUGCAAUACGAACUCAAGCAUCAUAUUCCUAAAAUCACAAGAGGCACUAGCAGCCAAUAAAUCAUCUUUAGAUGUUACCAAUGUCCUGAAUCAUUGAUUUUAAAACAAGGCAUAAACAAAUGGAUAUGGCAUAAACAAAUGGAAAAUGCAUAAUUGCAUCAUUAUUUUUGGAAGAAAUUGUUCAAAACCGUAAAAAUAUCUGAAUGUGCUUACGUCGUUGUGUUUGUCUGAUGUCAUAACUUCCUCUGCACUUGCAGAUAAAUACAACAGUUAAAUUGCUAAACCAACACACUCUGAAGACUGGCAGCUGCUGACAGAGGAGCAGAAGUGAUACAGACUCAUUGACGAUGAAGAUUCAGGCAACAUUCUUGUUGAUAGCAGCAGUUGUCAUUUGCCUAGCUGCUCAUGGUCUAUGUUUAGCAAAUCCAAAAAUCACAAGAUGCAGAUGUGUGAAAGUCUCAUCUCAUUUCAUUCAUCCAAGAAAAUUUCAGCACAUUGAUAUCUUCCCUCAGAACUCGUACUGCAGAAAGGUAGAGAUUAUAAUUACACUGAAGGACGAUGCAAAGAUCUGUGUGAAUCCCCAAGCUGCGUGGGUCAAAAAAGUGAUUAAUAUUUUGACCGAAAGAAAAUGAAAUGCUGAAGACCUCCUGGUCAAUUGCAGGUCAAUUGGCUGAAUGAAACAAAACACAACUUCCAAAGAACAGAUUAUAUAGUUACUGAACCAAGCUUUUGCCACUAAAUGUGCAUUGUAACAGACAGGCCCAGAGCUGAAAUGUUUUCUGUUUCCAGCCAUGGGCUCCAGCAUCUGCAGUCUCUCGCAUCUCUGAUUCUCUCACCUGUAUAUUGGUCCUAUCACGAUAUUCAGAAAUCCACUGAAAUCUUUCAAUCGUGUUUUACUCUUUCAUAUGAUAGCUUCUGAGCAUUAUUUUAAUAAUCAAAAUAGUUUUAUGCAUCAAUCAAAAUGAUAAAAGUGUAAAAUUACAAUGAAAUAUAUUUUUCUCCUGUUCAUUAAUAUCUGAAAAUUAUUCUUUCAUAUGGAUUUACAUGGAUUAAAUGCUAAUACCUGCAUGUCUUAAUAGUUGUUAUGAUCCAACAUUGACCACUGUUUGAUUCUAGGAUUUCCAGAUCUACAGAGUAAUCAGAUAUAAUGGCAAUGUGAAAACAAUGUGAUGUGUAAUAAUUCGAGUAAAUAUUGGGCUAGAAAUUGAAGGGCUUCCAUUAAAAAGUGUUUGUGUGGCACUGUGGCUGGAAGGGAUAGAUACGUUUGUUUUGUGUGAGUUGCUCACGUCUCCCGUCCCCUUAACCCCAUCC